GAAGCGUAAACAGCGCAGGGCAUUUCGGGAGCAGGAUUGUUUCACGCAGGAAGCAGGCUCCAUUUUAGCGCCUCCCGCCGUCGCCAUCUGUUUCCCUUCCCUCCCCCUUACCCUCGCCCGUGGCUGAGUCCCAACGGGAAGGCUGGGCCUAGGUUUGUGGAGGCUGGAGUGAAAGGAAGGAAGGGAGAAAGGGAAGAAACGGGAAGAGUCGAGAAGGGUGAGCGUUCGAGGCCAAGUGCGAAGCGCGCAGCCGGGCGGCCGGACUGACGGACGGGCCUGUGCUGCUGCUGCCGCGGCUGCAGCGCCCGCGCGAGUCGCAUCUCAGCGGCGGCGGCGGCGGCGGCGGCAGCGGAAACCGGAGGGGAGCAAUGGCGGCGGACAGCCGGGAGGAAAAAGAUGGAGAACUUAAUGUUCUAGAUGAUAUUUUGACUGAAGUACCAGAACAGGAUGAUGAACUGUAUAAUCCAGAGAGUGAACAAGAUAAAAACGAGAAAAAGGGAUCAAAAAGAAAAAGCGAUCGAAUGGAAUCUACUGACACCAAGCGACAAAAGCCUUCUGUCCAUUCAAGACAAUUGAUCUCUAAGCCAUUGAGCUCAUCUGUUAGCAAUAACAAAAGAAUAGUUAGUACAAAAGGAAAAUCAGUCACAGAAUACAAAAAUGAGGAAUAUCAAAGAUCUGAACGAAAUAAGCGUCUAGAUGCUGAUCGGAAAAUUCGUCUGUCAAGCAGUGCCUCCAGAGAACCUUAUAAGAGUCAACCUGAAAAAACUUGCCUCCGGAAAAGGGAUCCUGAAAGGAGGACCAAGUCCCCUACGCCAGAUGGUUCUGAGAGAGUUGGGCUUGAAGUGGAUAGACGUGCAAGCAGAUCCAGCCAGUCUUCUAAGGAAGAAGUGAACUCUGAGGAAUAUGGCUCCGACCGUGAGACUGGCAGCAGUGGUUCUUCCGAUGAACAAGGCAACAACACCGAGAAUGAGGAGGAAGGAGUGGAAGAAGAUGUAGAGGAAGAUGAAGAGGUAGAAGAAGAUGAAGAGGUGGAUGAAGAUGGAGAGGAAGAGGAGGAAGAAGAGGAGGAGGAGGAAGAAGAGGAGGAGGAGGAGGAGGAAGAAGAAGAAUACGAACAGGAUGAGAGAGACCAGAAGGAGGAGGGAAAUGAUUAUGACACUCGAAGUGAGGCCAGCGACUCUGGUUCUGAAUCCGUUUCCUUCACAGAUGGGUCUGUCAGAUCUGGUUCAGGCACAGAUGGAUCAGAUGAGAAAAAGAAGGAAAGGAAGAGAGCUAGAGGCAUAUCUCCAAUUGUUUUUGAUAGAAGUGGAAGCUCUGCCUCAGAGUCGUAUGCAGGUUCAGAAAAGAAGCAUGAGAAAUUAUCAUCUUCCGUUCGUGCUGUCCGAAAAGGUAUCGGUGUAUGGUCCACACUCCCUGUAAACGAAAAGAAAUUAAAUGCUGCAUUCAGAUCUGCAAGGAGUGUUAUCUUAAUAUUUUCUGUCAGAGAGAGUGGAAAAUUUCAAGGGUUUGCAAGGCUUUCUUCAGAAUCACAUCAUGGAGGAUCUCCUAUACACUGGGUGCUUCCAGCAGGAAUGAAUGCUAAAAUGCUGGGAGGUGUCUUUAAAAUUGACUGGAUUUGCAGGCGAGAAUUACCCUUCACUAAGUCGGCUCAUCUCACCAACCCUUGGAAUGAACAUAAGCCAGUAAAGAUUGGACGUGAUGGACAGGAAAUUGAACUUGAAUGUGGAACCCAGCUUUGUCUUCUGUUUCCCCCCGAUGAAAGUAUUGACUUGUAUCAGGUCAUUCAUAAAAUGCGUCACAAGAGAAGAAUGCAUUCUCAGCCCAGAUCAAGAGGACGUCCAUCCCGUCGAGAACCAGUCCGGGAUGUGGGAAGGCGUCGACCAGAAGAUUAUGAUAUUCAUAACAGCAGAAAGAAACCAAGGAUUGACUAUCCCCCUGAGUUUCACCAGAGACCAGGGUAUUUAAAGGAUCCACGAUACCAAGAAGUAGAUAGACGAUUUUCAGGAGUUCGCCGAGAUGUGUUUUUAAAUGGGUCCUACAAUGAUUAUGUGAGGGAAUUUCAUAACAUGGGACCACCACCACCUUGGCAAGGAAUGCCGCCUUAUCCAGGAAUGGAACAGCCUCCACACCAUCCUUACUAUCAGCAUCAUGCUCCACCUCCUCAAGCUCAUCCCCCUUACUCAGGACAUCAUCCAGUACCACAUGAAGCAAGAUACAGAGAUAAACGAGUACAUGAUUAUGAUAUGAGGGUGGAUGAUUUCCUUCGUCGCACUCAAGCUGUUGUCAGUGGUCGGAGAAGUAGACCCCGUGAAAGAGAUCGAGAACGAGAGCGAGACCGUCCUAGAGAUAACAGAAGAGACAGAGAGCGAGAUAGAGGACGUGAUAGAGAAAGAGAAAGAGAGCGAUUGUGUGAUCGCGACAGAGACCGAGGGGAGAGAGGUCGAUAUCGAAGAUAAUGCGCUUUUGCAAGCACUGAUUGUUUAAAGAUGAAAAAAAAAAUCUUGUAUUUUUUUUGUGUGUGUUUACAAGUAGUAAAUUUAUUUUCAGCUGUCUACAUACAGUUCAUUGUGUAGAAGGAUUUAUUAUGACCCCCUUUGUUCCAAGCAUGCAGUAUAAUAAGAACUGGAAAAACUCAAAUCCGCCAAAAAUACACAGUUGACAGUUGACUUGACACUUCCGUUGGGGCAGAAUGGAACAGUCCAGGAAUGUAGAUAACUGAUUCCUUCUUCGUAAAUGUUCAUCUUACGGUGUGUUCAUCCUAGUUAUUUUUUUGUUUGUUUUCUUUCUUUUGGAUCUUGAUUGAUAACUGCCAUGAUAUUUUGCUUUGAUGUGUUUCUACAUGUAGUUGCACACGGUUCAGUAAAAAUGCUGCUAUCAAGUAUGCAAAUAUUGAAGUAUGAUGGUUUGACUAUAUGGCAGUGUUGUAGCAGCCUCUUGGUUUUUUUCCUUUUCCUGUUUUUUUAAACUUAUAAAGUCACUUUUUAUUUUUAUUCAGUCUUCAAUGAUGAGAGCAAUAUUAAGAAGACACUGCUAUCUAAUUUUUAAUCUUUUUAAAUAAAAAAUUCCUAUGUUCAGUAGCAUGGUUGAUGCUAUUGUUUAUCCUUCCCCUCCAAACUGUAUACAUUGGCUUGGAAUGUUCACAACUUGCGUGUGUGGCAGCGGAAGAUAAUUCCCGUAUUCUACAUUGCUACUGUUUUGUAUAAAAUAAAUUGGUAAAGAUUGAC